UUAACACUCCUCACUCCCACUCUAUGAUUUUGGUCUGUGGUCCACAUCGUCAAUUGCUGGCUUAUCAUCUCAAUUCUCAUGAUCAAAUUUUAAACGGCUGUGAUCUUUCGAUCAAAAUGGUCUGUCCCACAGCAGAAAAAAUGAGUCGGUGACUCUCUGCAAACAGGAAAGCGCCUCCAUCUCUCCUCCUCCAUCUCCGUUCCUCUCUGCCACUGAGGAUUCAGCUUUUGAUAAAUUAUUAAAAAAAAAAAAAACUUUAAUAUUACCCUACUUUUUUCCAAUUGUUUUACCACCUAAUCAGAUCAACCCUGGUUUUUUAAUUUCAGUGUUGAUUCAUUUGGCCGUAUAUCAUUCUUUCCCUAUUUAUCUGAAUCUUGAUCUGCUAAAUUUUGUUCAAGUUUAUCCCGUGCUCCUAUUUAUUAUCUAUACGUUCUUGAAAAAAGAUUAAUUUUUUAUUGAUUAUGUCAUCAAGAAACUCUUCCUUCACAAUCCCUAGGCCUUGCAAGCAUCUUGUGGAUUACAAGAUGAAGCACGGAUUAAAGGGUUACAAUUCGAUCCAAGAUUUGUUGAAGUUCAGCCCAUAUGGUAGAAUAAUGAUUGAUAAAUCAGAUCCCAGAUGCAGUUUCUGCUCUGGUUGCUGUGGCAGAUUGUUUAUGUGUUUGAUCUGCUCCUCAGUUACAUGCUGCAUAAAUCAAGAAUCAAAUCAUGCCCUUUUGCAUUGUGAAUCUGUUUGUGGUCAUGAGAUUGGUGUUGAUAUGGAGAGGGCUGAGUUGUAUUGCUCUGUGUGCUGUGAUCAGGUCUAUGAUAUUGAAUUUGAUAGAGUUGUGAUGUGCAAGAAAAUGUUGGGGUUGUCUAGAAAUGGGAGUGAUGGGGUUGUGGAGAGUGGUCAGCUGAGGCUGAGCAAGAGGAGGAGGUUGGAUUUUGGGGCUGAUUUGGGGUCGGAGAGUGUUAAAAGAUCGGUGUUGAGGAGUAAGCAGAGGUCGAAAUCGUGCCUCCCGUUGGGGUUGAGGGGGUUGAACAAUCUUGGGAACACUUGCUUCAUGAACUCUGUGUUGCAGGCAUUGCUUCAUGCUCCCCCUUUUAGGAACUACUUUCUUAGUGAUAGGCAUAGCCAUGAGAGGUGUAGGAAGACCUCUGCUGAUAGGCUGUGCUUGCCCUGUGAUGUGGAUGUCAUUUUUGAUGCUGUUUUCUCCGGUGAUCGGACGCCUUACAGUCCUGCUAAGUUUCUAUACAGCUGGUGGCAGCAUUCGGAGAAUCUUGCUAGUUACGAGCAGCAAGACGCGCACGAGUUCUUUAUCUCAAUGCUAGAUAGGAUCCAUGACAAGUUGGGGAAAUCUAGUCUUGCAAAUAAAGAAAAUGGGGAUUGCCAGUGUAUUGCUCACAGGGUUUUCUCAGGGCUUCUGAGAUCGGAUGUCACGUGUACAUCCUGUGGGUUCACAUCUUCGACUUAUGAUCCGUGCGUGGACAUCUCUCUCGACUUGAACACGGGCGCCUCUUUUGCAACGGAUUUCAGCAGCCGGUCAAGCAAGCUGAACGAGACCUUAGCAGCUCCCACGCUUGCAGGCUGCUUCGACCUGUUCACGAGGCCGGAGAGGUUGGGAUCGGACCAGAAACUCUACUGCGAGAACUGCCAUGAAAAGCAGGACGCGCUGAAGCAGAUGUCUCUGAAGAAGCUCCCGCUGGUCCUAUGCCUGCACAUCAAGCGUUUCGAGCACUCGCCAAUCCGGAAGAUGUCGAGAAAGAUCGACCGCCAUCUGCAGUUCCCCUUCUCCUUGGACAUGAGGCCUUAUCUAUCCUCUUCCAUCGUGAAGAAAAGAUUUGGGAAUAGAAUGUUUUCUUUGGAGGGAGAGGAAGCUGCAGAUGUUUCGACUGAGUUUGAGGUUUUUGCAGUGGUGACUCAUUCUGGGAUGUUGGAAUCUGGGCAUUACGUGACGUAUCUGCGUCUGAGAAACCAGUGGUAUAAAUGUGAUGAUGCUUGGAUUACAGAGGUUGAUGAAGAGGUGGUCAGAACCUCACAGUGCUACCUGAUGUUCUACGUGCAGAAGGUGUUUUACCACAAAGGGAGCGACGACCUCGGCUGCCAGCCGGUGUCGCCACUGCCGGAUGCCUUCGUCCCUAUAGCCGGCUGUUGCUAGACGAACGAACGGAGAUAGCAGCAGCUUCGACUGUGUUUUCUUCUUGGGUUUUUCAGCUUCACUUCACAUCCCUCCAAACGACACUUGCAACUAUGUACAGAUAUUAACUAUACAUUUGACAGGAGGGGUUUUGGAAUUAUAUAUUUGUCACAACGGAUUUUCCUGCA